CUGGCGCAUGCGCGUCUCGGCGUCCGGGUGACUGGUUGGGGCUGCGGAGCGAGGCGCGCAGGCCGGGGGGCCGAGGCGAGCAUGGAGGAGGCCAGUCGGGUCCAGCGCCGGCUGUCCCGAGUCGGGGAGAGUCUCUACGUGGUGCUGGGGCUGCAGAAAGGUGCUACACCUGAGGACAUCAAGAAAGCCUACAGGAAGCUAGCCCUGAAGUUCCACCCGGACAAAAACCCCGAGGACCCAGGGGCAGCGGAGAAGUUCAAGGAGAUCACGCAGGCCCACGCGACGCUGAGCGACCCCGAGCGGCGCCGGCUGUACGACGAGUAUGGCUCCCUGGGGCUCUACGUGGCGGAAGCACUUCGGCGAGGACAGCGUCAGUACUACUUCCUCAUGUCCAAGUGGUGGUUCAAGGCCCUGACUAUUGUGGGCGCCCUUCUCACCUGCUGCUGCUGCUGCUGUUGCUGCUGCUUCUGUUGCGGGCGGUGCCGGCCGCCAGAUGACGACGACGCCUACAAGCACGUGGACCCCGAGGACCUAGAAGCACAGAUCCGGGCUGAGGACGGAGGUGCCGACCCCGUGAUAGUGCAGCCUGCUGCCCAGCCUGCCCUGCACGUCACAGAUGAGACUCAACAGCCCCGGCCCUGACCGGAGCAAGGACCCUGAUCUCUGGCCCGGCCCCGGCUUCCGUGGAGGACGGAUCCCGGCUCUGGAGCCGUCACACCAGCUGACUCUCCCUUACGGCCCACGGCACGGGCAUGGGACACCUUCUCCUCCCAGCGCCUAUGCCCCGCUCCGUUCCACUGUGACUCAUCUCUCAGGAAAAGCAGGCGUCGGGGGGGAGAGGGGAGAGUGCUCCUCGUCGCCCUGCCUCUCUGGGACAGCUAGAUGCUAGCACCACGCACCGUGCACCAGCAAUGGCACCUUUCCCCGCUCCUGGGAUAUUCCUUCCGGUGACCCCAAGCUCCAAGGUUCCCAUUCUGCGGGGCAGGGGUGUUGACCGCGGUUGGGGAAGAAAGCGUGUUUCUCGCAAAGCUUCCCCCUCCCGCGCCCCCUGUGCCAAAGUGUUCCGCCCUCCCUUCCCUUCUGCCCUGCCCUGACCACUUGGAGCCAGUCCUCCCGGCCCCUCCCCUAGGAUCUUCUCUCGGCUCCUCAAGGAGGAGGAGGAGAAGGAGGGAGGGAAAGCGGUGACCUGGAACAGGAAUGAUAAUAAAGGAGCUUUUGUACAGUC